AUGAUAUAAUAGAUUAAUAAGUACAACUCAUUAGGAUAAUUUUUAAACUCUUCACAUUAAUCUCAUUAGGUUCUCCUUAUUUACCUGAAUUACUCAUUAAUUGGUUAUAAAGAUGCAUUAGACUUAGGUUCUGGAUUAGCAAAUUGCACUGAUCUCUCAAAUUUGACACUUAGCCUCUAUAGCAAUGAAAUUGGUGAUUAAGGUAUAUCAGGCUUAGGUUCUGCUUUAGCAAAUUGCACUAAACUCUCAAACUUGACACUUGACUUUCGUUACAAUAAAAUUGGUCCAAUUGGUGCAUCAGACUUUGGUUUUGCUUUAGCAAAUUGCAAUAAUCUCUCAAAUUUUACACUUAACCUAGCUUACAAUAAAAUUGGUGCAAUCGGUGCAAAAGGCUUAAGUUCUGCUAUAGCAAAUUUCACAAAUCUCUCAAAGCUAACACUUAAUCUAUAUGAAAAUUAAAUUUGUGAUUAAGGUAUAUCAGACUUAAGUUCAGCUUUAACAAAUUGCACUAAUCUCUCAAAUUUGGAACUUAACCUUUCGAAAAAUUAAAUUGGGUAUUAAGGUGUAUAUGGCUUAGGUUAGGCUUUAAAAAAUUGCACUCAUCUCUCAAAUUUGAAACUUGAAAUUUGUUCGAAUUAAAUUGAUGCAAUUUGUGCAUUAAGCUUAUGUUCUUCUUUAGUAAAUUGCACUAAACUUUCAAAUUUGAGGCUUGACUUUUCUUAUAACAAUAUGAAAAAAUCAUAAAUAUUCAAAGUAAAAAGCAAAUGUCUUAAAUAAAAAAGAUUAGUUAUCUUUUUCAUAGAUUUCUGA